AUGCAGGUGCAGGGCCGCCUCCGGCGCGUCCUCCGGGCGCCGCCGCCCAGAAUCCUACUCUACCGCGCGAUCUCCUCCCCGCCGCCCGGAGGCGACGGCGGUGGCGGUGGCGGGGUGGCGGUGAAGCAGGUGACGCGGGGGAACAUGGCGGAGGCCCUGGAGAAGCUGCGGGGACGCGUGCGGGAGGCCGCAUUCGUGGGGGUGGACCUGGAGAUGAGCGGCGUCACGAGCGCGCCCUGGAGAGACACCUUCGAGCUCGACCGCGCCGACGUGCGCUACCUCAAACUCCGCGACUCCGCGGAGCGGUUCGCCGCCCUACAGCUCGGCGUCUGCCCCUUCCGAUGGGACCCUGCCAAAUCCGCCUUCGUUGCGCACCCGCAUAACUUCUAUAUCUUCCCUCGCAAGGAGCUCCCUAGUGAUUGUUCAUCUCAUGAAUUUCUUUGUCAGACAACUUCAAUUGACUUCCUAGCAAAGUACCAGUUUGAUUUCAACACAUGCUUCCGUGAAGGAGUAUCUUAUCUAUCCAGAGCACAAGAGGAAGAAGCGCUACAGAAAUUUAAUAUGUUGUAUCAUGGUCAAACAGCUACAUCUUCCACCAAUUCUGAAGAGGACAGAGACAUACCUUUAAAAAGUGCUUCUGAUAUUCUUUUCACAGAAAGGAUGAAAAUGAACUUCAAGGAAUGGCGUGAUGUGAUAGUCAGCAAGCCAAUGGUUGACAACCAUUUGUCAGGAAACAUUAAAUGUUGUGCAGGACAAUUCCAGACAGUUUUCUUCAAAAUGCGCCCAGCUAUUAUGCUUAAUGGAUUCUCAUCGCAUCAACUGAAGUUAAUUCAACAGGUUUUGAGAAAAAACUUUAGGGAUCUUGUUUUUGUCUGUACAUUUGGUGAGGAUGACACAUCUGAAAAGAAAGUAGUUUAUUCAGACACUGAUGAGGACAGAAUAUUAUUAAUGAAAGAUGUGCAGGAAGAUCUACUAAAAAACAGGGAAGAAAGAGUUAAAUCAGCAAUAGGCAUCCGCCAUGUCAUCGACCUUCUUUCAUCAGAAAGGAAAUUGAUUGUUGGACAUAGUUGUUUCCUAGAUAUUGCACAAGUGUACAGCAAGUUUGUAGGUCCUCUUCCAUCAUCUAUCAAGGAAUUUGCGUUAAGUUUCCACAAAAUUUUCCCACAUAUUGCAGAUACCAGGCAUCUUAUGUCUGUCAAUCAAGCAGUUCAGAAACUGAUGAAGCAUAAAAGCAAAUCACUAUCUUCAGCUUUCUCAUUGUUGUGCCCUGCACCUUAUUCAUCUGCUGAGAAGCCAUCAAGUCAUUCUCCUGUGACAAUUGAAGUUGAAGGAGAUGAAACGACGUCUUCUUGCUUCAUUUCAGGUGCCAAGCAUGAAGCUGGGUAUGAUGCAUACAUGACUGGAUGUAUUUUUGCGCAGUUGUGCGCUUAUCUUGACAUAAAAUUUGAGCAGUUCUCACCUCUGGAUAACCUAGCAACGAACACUAAGCUGCAGAAACACAUCAAUUUUUUGUCCCCUAGCUGGAACAGUGGGACAGUGAUUGAUUUGAGCACUGGCAUGGAGAGACCAGAACCAGGUUAUAUGAGAAGGUACCCAGCUGCUGUGUAUGAUAACAUCAUUGUCAUCUGGGGAUUCCCGUCUAAGGUUAGACCAAAGGAAAUUAAGGAUUGCAUCUGCAAAGUAUUUGGUUCAGGUUCGGUUACAACCGUCUUCUCCAUUGAUUCCACUGCUGCCCUUGUGCAGUUCAAGAAACAAGAGUCCGUAAACGAUUUCUUGGAUUUGAAGGCUGUUUUGGAGAGGGCAGAUAGUGCUAUCUCAAUUCUACACCCCCUGUCAACUAUUUUGGAAGGAGGCCAAACACAAGCUGCAAAGUAUGAUACCUACAGAGACAUCUGCAGCUCUUCUGAAUCAAAAUCUCUCUUUGCUGAUCAAGCUGAAGCAGUUUGUGCUACUUCAAAGAAUCAACUCAAAGAAAAUGUCGAUGACAAUCUUAUAUCUGGUGUUCUUGAUGGAGUUGCACUCGCCUCUGUAACUGAGGGAGAUGGAAUAAUAUCGGGUUCCAAUAAUCAAGACGUUGCUGAUGUUACAUGUCACGAUAUCUUAGAUGCUCUACACGAUGGCAAAGCAUUGUUGGGCAGACGAAUGUGA